AUGCUACUGAAAAGUUUCAGAUUUUUUCUAACCAGUGCUUUCCCCUCAUCAAGUGAAACAAAGCAGCAAAAUAACAGUGUCACUGAAUACAUCCUGUUAGGAUUGACACAGGAUCCUGAGAGGCAGAAAGUGGUGUUUGUAGUGUUCUUCAUUUUCUAUGUGGGAAUUGUGGUGGGGAAUUCACUCAUUAUUGUGACCAUCAAGUCCAGCCGGAUACUUGGGAGCCCCAUGUACUUCUUCCUAUUUUAUUUGUCCUUGGUUGAUAUCUGCUUUCCAACUUCCAUGGCCCCCAGAGUAAUUGUGGAUGCCCUGUCUGCAAAGAAAAGCAUAUCUUACAAUGAGUGCAUGACUCACAUCUUUGCACUGCAUUUUUUUGGCUCCAUGGAGAUCUUUGUCCUUGUGCUCAUGGUCGUUGAUUGCUAUGCGGCUAUCUGCCAGCCUUUGCAUUACCCAACCAUCAUGAGCCGGCAAGUCUGCAUCAUCCUGAUUGUUCUUGCCUGGAUAGGCUCUUUUAUACACUCUAUGGCUCAGAUUAUGCUGGCCUUGAGAAUGCCCUUCUGUGGAUCCAAUUUGAUUGAUCACUAUUGCUGUGAUAUGCAGCCCUUGUUGAAACUUGCCUGCAUGGAUAUUCAUGUGAUGAACCUGUUGGUGGUGUUUAAUAGUGGGGCCCUUUGCACAAUCAGUUUUUUAAUUUUGAUGAUCUCAUACUUUGUUAUCCUGCAUUCACUGCAGAACCACAGUGCAGAAGGGAGGAAAAAAGCUCUCUCCACUUGCACUUCCCACAUCAUUGUGGUUGUCUUAUUUUUGCAUCCAUGUAUAUUUUUAUAUACCCGUCCCUCAGCCACUUUCCCCACAGACAAGAUGGUGGCAGUAUUUUAUACUAUUGGAACACCCUUCCUCAAUCCACUCAUCUACACACUGAGGAAUGCAGAAGUGAAAAAUGCCAUGAGAAAGUUAUGGCAUGUCAGAAUUACUUCAGAGAGCAAAAGAUGA